AUGGCGAAUUUCCUCCGGAUCGAGGGUACUAGAAUUGUCGACGGAGAGGGUGAAGAAGUCAUCUUGCGCGGGGCAGGCUUGGGAGGCUGGAUGACAAUGGAGAACUUCAUCUCAGGGUUCCCGGGAUGUGAGUAUCAGAUUCGGGCAGCUCUGACAGAGGUCAUCGGACAGAAGAAGGCAGAGCACUUCUUUGACAAGUUCCUUGAAUACUUCUUCGCCGAGCCCGACGCCGGCUUUUUCAAGUCGCUGGGCCUAAAUUGCAUCCGCAUCGCGAUCAGCUACCGUCAUUUUGAGGAUGACAUGCAUCCACGCGUGUUGAAGCCCGAAGGUUUCAGGCAUCUCGACCGCGCGAUCGCCGCAUGCGCCAAACACGGCAUCUACACCAUACUCGACAUGCACACUGCCCCGGGAGGGCAAAACGGUGGCUGGCACUCCGACCACGGCGCGCGUAUAUCCGGGUUCUGGAUCCACAAGGACUUCCAGGAUCGUUUGGUAUGGCUGUGGACCGAGAUAGCGAAACACUGCAAGGACGAGAAGUGGGUCGCGGGAUAUAACCCAAUGAACGAGCCCGCAGACCCGGCACACAGCGGGCUUGUCGCUUUCUACGACCGUGUACACGCUGCCAUCCGCUCGGUCGAUCCCAACCACGCCCUCUUCCUCGACGGGAACACCUUCGCGUCUGACUUCAGCGGCUUCCCGGACGACGCGGGCUCGCGCUGGCCUAACGCGGCCUACGCCAUCCAUGACUACUCGCUAUAUGGCUUCCCGAGUUCGCCUGAGCCGUACACGCGCACGGAGGAGCAGCGCAGGCGCAUGCGACGCAGCUACGAGAAGAAGCGCGAGUGGAUGGACGUGCGGGGAUUGUGCGUUUGGAACGGCGAGUGGGGCCCUGUGUAUGCGCGGCGGGAGUACGAGGGAGACGAGACGGACGCAAUCAACGAGCGGCGCUUCGCUGUGCUCAACGAUCAGCUCGAGAUGUACCACCAGGAUCGUCUGAGCUGGUCUAUCUGGCUCUACAAAGACAUCGGAUACCAAGGGAUGGUGCACGUCUCGCGCUCGACGCCGUACAUUCAGCUUUUCCAGGAGCACCUUCACAAGAAGUACCGCCUCGCUGUCGACGCAUGGGGCGCGGACGACCGCUACGUGCGCGACGUGUACGACCCCCUGGUCGAGCUAAUCCGCAAGGAGGUGCCGGACGAGGACCACCAGCGGCUCUACCCGUACCCGAUCUGGACACUCCCGCGCCGCAUGGAGGUGCUCGCGCGGAACAUCCUCGUCGGCGAGUUCGUGGUCAAGGAAUGGGCGGAGCACUUCCGCGAUAUGGAAGAGGAAGAACUGGACAGGGUCGCGCAGAGCUUCAAGUUUGAGAACUGCGUGGAGAGGGAGGGCCUGAACCGCGUGCUCAGGGCGCAGGCCACUCAGUCGGCGUUGGGGUGGAUGACACAUGCUACCAUGCUUGGUACGUGCCUUUUGCUCGAAGACCAAGGAACAUAG